CUGGGUAGAUAGGGGUACUUUCGACCUUUCGCUGAUGGUAUAAAAGGCGAAUCCCACGCUAGGAAACCCUAGCCGCCGGCUGCCAAUCCGCUCGCGAGUCGCCCGCUCCUGCCCCUCCCCACGUUCUUCUCCUCCCUCUCUCCUCUAUCCUGCCUCCUCCCUGGUGCUCAGCAGGAGGAGCACGAGGCUCCGCCGUAUGUCGUCGUCCUCCCGAUCUCAGCGCCAUUCUCCUCACCCAAUCGCUGGUGUCCCUCACCUGGGAGCUUGGUCUCCGACGAGCACGAGAAGAGGAGGCCGCUGCUGCUCGCCCGGAGCUCGGUCUUCGACGAGCGCGAGAGGAGGAGGCCGCCAUUGCCUUGUACAAGGUGGGCUGCUGUCUCGCCCAGCCAUCCUCCUUUUCCUCCGCAUCGGGGCUGCCUCAGCAGCAGCUGGAGCCGGCGGUCGGCGUGGGGACGGCGGAUCCCGGCGGUCGGCGCGGGGACGGCGGAUCCCGGCGCCUUGAGUUGUACAGCCGGCCGUGAACUGCAACCUCCAGCCAUGGAUGAAGGCACUUCGGCUGUGGACUGCCUCCUCGUCUCACAAUCUUCCUCGUGCAUAGCAGCAACAGCAGGGAACCGAGCUCCAAUGACUGCUAUGACAUGACGUGGAGAUGAGGUUACAAGAGCAGAGAUGGAGUCGCUAGCGGUGGUCAUGGGUCGAUGGUCUAAAAACUGACUAGAGUAAUUCUUCUCCGUGGUAUAUGUGUGUAGGUUGUCAAAAUAAGCUUCCUGCAAUUGGUCCUGGGUGGAGUGUGAAACAGUUCUGAACCAGCUACCAGGCAGGUAGUGACUUGGAUGGUAAUACAGUUACAUGAAAGGAGUACAAAUCCAUGACAUUCGCAUCCAGGUAGUAAACAAGGCAGUCCGGUUGGCCAACAUUGUGCCUUGCAUUUUGAGAAAGACCCUAAAUGAUGUUCAGUUCAAAGCGACAGGAUACACAAUUCCGGCAGGAUGGGGGUUGAUGGUAUGCCCACUAGCAGUGCACUUGAAUCCAAAUAUUUACCUACAUCCUCUCAUUUUCAGUGCUUCAAAGUUUAAGUGUGAUUUUAGGUUCUUUUCAACAGCAAUAUUUGAGUCAUGUUCGGCCGUAUCAGUUGGCUCUGUUUGUUAUCCUUUUUCAGAGUGUUCAUCUUCAGGUGCUAUGUCAGAUAUCGGUGGCGUGGAUGCAAAUCAAACUGGUGGUUUAAGCAAAAUGCAUAACAAAGAGAGGAAAACUCGAACUUUAUCUUCAAGAUAUCAACCGAUGGAGACAAUCAGCCAAUGUAUAGCUUGUAGUACCUUGAGCUCGAUGUGCCAGUCGAGGUCGUCAAGCAUACUAAGAUCUCGCUGAUGCACUUUAAUCCAUAGAGCUUGUGAUCCAUAGAGCUUGUGAUGAUCCCAGAUGUUGCCCUCAGCAGUGAUCUUGCAUACGGUGGAUGUAUAGAAAAGUUGCUCCCCGCCAUGUUUGCAUGUUGGAGGUUAAGAAUGAACAAAUAAAGCACCGAGCGAGCUUCAUAGUGGAGGAAUAAUAGAGUCGUGGUGGGGAGUUUAAGGAAGCAAGUGGUGUUCAAUUGCAUAGUGGGAAGAGGAAUCGAGAAGCCAUAACCUAUAUAGGUAGUAAUAAAAUAAUUUUGUGGUGAAAAUUUAGGAAACUUACAUGCGCAUACACUGGCGAAGGAAGUGCAGAUAUGCGUAGAGCCUACAAAAUUAAAUGGCAGACUUGCUAACAUGGAGGCUAGUUGGGUGAUGUGGCGGCACUGCACUGUCUUUUGGUUUGUUAAUGGAUUUGUAGAGAAGAGGAGGCAUCAAUGCAUGACAGGUGGUGACGAUUUGUAUGAACCGAGCAAGAAGGAAGCGGUAGUGAUGUCUUGUGUUGGGUGAAUUAAUUAGAUUGGAGUAGAUGGGAAGAAGACGAUGGAAGUGGAAGUGCAGAUUAAUUAAACCAUGUCGAAGAGUGGGCGUGCAGCAGCCAAGACAGGAACUAAACCGUGUCUCGGUAGAAAAAAUGAUAAAUUGUCAGUUCGUUUAAAUAGAAUAAUUGUAGAAAAACUUGAUGAUGUGGCAGGCUAUGAUUGCUCAAGGAUGAUUGCUGAGGUGGAUAGCUUGCAUGUUGAGAGAAUUUAACUUAGUGGGUUGCUCCUAUUUAGAUAUUAUAGAUUCCUGAAGCGAGAUGAGUUCCCUAGAAAAGGCUAGAAUUCCAUGGGACUCAUGACACUAACUAUAUGGUUUCUUUCUCACUUAUUGAGCUAUAUAUAAUGGUCGUCUUUCUCAUUUCUAGAGCUAUAUGCCUGGUAGCCCUUUAGAUGUACCAACGAGUGGAAGGAUCCAGGGGAAGACAAAAUCAAGGUCAACUUGGUUUAGCCCUGUAGCAGCUCUCCAGAGCUUCAUGCUAAGAUACUAUAAUUGCACUAUUUGUGAGAAUGAUUAUUUCUCAGUUUUCAAGUACUUUUUGUAUUUGCUCCAUAUAUACUAUACAUUAUCUUUUCUGGAUUCCAUGGGACUCGUGACGCCAAUAUGUAUGUAAAAAAGAGUUCGGUUUUAUUAAUUCAAGAAAAAAAGAACAUACCAGCUGAUGGCGCGUCAUCUUGAUCAAACAUGUUCGUUCAGCUCCUGCAGUUUCCUGUUUGCUGUGGCUGCUUGCCACCGAGUAGGCCCUUCUCAUCCAGAGCUUCACUGAUAGAAUCAGCACCUCCGAAAAGCUAGAUCAUGACUAGGGCCAG